ACACUUCACUUUCCGGAAGUGGUGAGUUCUGACAGAAGUUCCUGCACCCGAGUUUCUGGACGCUGUGGGUCCCGAACCAUGAGCGUUCCGAGCGUGCUGACCUUUACCCAGCAAGGCUGGGAGCAGGUGCUGGCCAAGGCCAAGCGGGCUGUGGUCUACCUAGACGCCGCCUGCGCGGAGAGCCUGCACUGGGGGUGCGGUUACCCGCGGCUCUUGGAGGUGGUGGGGGGUCCGGCCUGUCACCUGCGGGAGUUCGAACGCGACGCAGUUGGUGGCGGGACCGAGCAGCCGAAGGCGGUGUUCGUGUUGAGCUGCCUGCUGAAAGGUCGCACGGUGGAAACUCUCCGAGACAUCGUCCGCCGCAGUCAUUUUCAGUACUGUGUGGUGGUCACGGCAGUGAGCCACGCCGUUCACCUCACCGCCAAUCACGUGCCAGCGGCCGCAGCGGCCGAAUUAGAAGGGCAGCAACCGGUGUUCGAGCAGCUGGAGGAGAAGCUGUGUGAGUGGAUGGGCAACAUGAACUACACGGCCGAGGUGCUUCAUGUCCCCUUGUUGCUCGCCCCUGCUGCUCCCCACCUUGCCUUGACUCCAGCCUUUGCUACCCUUUUCCCACUACUACCACAGGAUGUGCAUCUCCUUAAUAGUGCCCGACCGGACAAGAGGAAGCUGGGCAGCCUGGGCGAGGUGGAUGCCACCGCUCUGACCCCAGAACUGCUGCUGCAGAUAAGAUGCCUGGUAUCAGGCCUCAGUUCUUUAUGUGAGCAUCUAGGGGUACGAGAAGAAUGUUUUGCUGUGGGUUCUCUCAGUCGUAUUAUCGCUGCAGACAUGGCCAGUUAUGCUCCUGCGAAGAAUAGGAGGAAGACUGCUACGGGCAGGGCAUCCGUGGUCUUUGUGGACAGAACUCUGGAUCUCACAGGAGCGGUUGGACACCAUGGAGACAACUUGGUGGAGAAGAUUAUUUCAGUGCUCCCGCAGCUUCCAGGCCAUACAAAUGAUGUGAUGGUCAACAUGGUGGAGCUCACAGCACUCCAGGCUGAGGAUGAUAAUCAGAAUGUGGUUGCAUCAGGCUGUCUCGCUCAAUCUAAUGACCCAGCAGCCAGAGCUCUGUGGGAAGCUUUACUGAAUACCAAGCACAAGGAAGCAGUGAUGGAAGUUCGGAGGCAUCUGGUGGAAGCAGCAAGCAGAGAAAACCUGCCCAUCAAAAUGAGUAUGGGGAGAGUCACGCCAGGGCAGCUCACAUCCUAUAUUCAACUCUUCAAGAACAACCUGAAAGCUCUAGUGAAUCAUUGUGGGAUCCUACAGCUGGGGCUGGCUACAGUUCAAACAUUGAAGCACCCACAGUCUGCCAAAUGGGACAACUUUUUGGCAUUUGAAAGGCUUCUCCUCCAGAGCAUUGGGGAGUCCACAAUGGCUGUUUUGUUAAACCAAUUGCUGCCUAUGAUUAAACCUUCAGCCCAGAGGACCAAUGAUGACUACAGCCCCGAAGAGCUGUUAAUCCUCCUCAUAUACAUUUAUUCUGUCACUGGAGACUUCACAGUAGAUAAAGACCUGGAAGAAGCAGAAGAAAAAGUAAAGAAAACAUUGGCUCAGGCCAUCUGUGAGGAGUCUCAGUUGUCCCCUUUGCUGCAAAAAAUCACAGGCUGUGAUUCUGCAAUUAACCUGACGUUUCCUAAAUCCAAACUUGCUGUGGAUGAACUCUUUGCCUCUCUUCAAGAUAUUGCUGGAGCUCGGAAUCUCAUGAAGCAGUUCAAGUCUGUGUAUGUUCCUGGAACUCACACCCACCAGGCAACCUAUAAGCCAUUGUUGAAGCAGGUUGUGGAGGAAAUAUUUAAUCCCGAGAGGCCAGAUCCCAUUGAUAUUGAACACAUGUCUUCAGGCAUCACUGAUCUCCUUAAAACAGGAUUUAGCAUGUUCAUGAAGGUGAGCCGGCCUCAUCCCAGUGAUCACCCCCUCCUCAUCCUUUUUGUAGUGGGUGGAGUCACAGUCUCUGAAGCUAAAAUGGUCAAAGACCUUGUGGCGUCCCUGAAGCCAGGAUCCCAGGUCAUGGUGCUGUCCACGAGACUUCUGAAGCCACUUAACAUUCCUGAGCUGCUGUUUGCCACUGACCGACUACACCCAGACCUUGGCUUCUGAUAUCUGCUAAAAAGAUAAAAGACCUGGCCAAGCUGGAUAUACCAAUACCAGACUGUCACCAACCAGAUUCACCUCCACCUGCAGUGUCUCUGUUACUUACUGUGUCUUUGACUGACUUCUGCCAGAAGGAUCUUGAGAAUCACAGGUGUUGUAAGGUACUUCGCUUGGAUUGCUCAUAUUUUUUUUAAUUUCAUUUUUACAAAGAUGUCAGAUUGUCUUUAGUUGACUGGAUUAGUGACCAAUUCCCUUUCUUUUUCAUUUACCUUUAUUGAUCAUCUUUCUGAGUCUACCUUUAACUUCCUUAACUAAAUAAAAACUAGUAGAUAACAACGAAA